AUGGCAGAUCCGCGGAGGUCUCCCGAUAAAUCGCUCCUUAAUGCAAGAGGUGCUCAACCACAGCAACGAUCGCCGGCUCCAGCACCUCCAGUCCGAGGAGGGAGCUUUGUUGACGACGAUUCCGACGAUGAUGACGAGUCAAGCGACCAGAUGCCCUUGCCGAGAAGCCAUACGCCAGGUCAUCUCGCCAGUAAAAGCAUACAAGCAAACCGUCGAAAACCCUCAGAUCUUUCUAUCCGACAACGCUCCCAAUCCGCUUCACAAUCUGCUUCAGUACCCCCCUCGCAGCCAGCAUUACAACCCGCUUCACAAGGAGCAACCACGAGCUCAAGGACAGCCACUCACAAACCCCCGCCUACCUCAUUGAACAACAACGCCGGCGAUGCAUCGAGCGAGGGGGAUAGACGUACUCGGCGACCUACGGCUUCACGUUCGACAUCCGCUAUAACCAGUCGGACAACUGCGCAAGCUGCCGCACGAUAUGGAACACAUAGAUCUCGCAUGUCUCAAGAUACAUACACAGCAUAUCCCUUACUGCCGGACCCGAAGUCAGCUCCCAAGGUCGACGUGGCGCCAGCAUCCGGCAUGUACUGGUCCAGGGCGCCCGUGUCGGGUGCUUCCCAUACCUCAUUACGUGCACACACGACAACUAUCAUUGGCUCAAACGUUUAUGUCUUUGGCGGAUGUGACUCAAGAACAUGCUUCAACGAUCUCUAUGUGCUGGAUGCGGACUCCUUCCACUGGACUGUCCCUUAUGUCGUGGGUGAUAUACCUGUUCCUUUGAGAGCUAUGACGUGUACGGCUGUAGGCAAGAAGCUCAUCGUGUUCGGUGGAGGUGACGGGCCUGAGUAUUACAACGAUGUUUAUGUUUUGGAUACGACAAAUUUCCGAUGGACGAAGCCAAGGAUCAUAGGGGACAAGAUGCCAUCAAAACGAAGGGCGCAUACUGCUUGUUUGUACAAGAACGGCCUCUAUAUCUUUGGUGGUGGUGACGGAGUCCGGGCUUUAAAUGAUAUCUGGCGACUAGACGUUGCUGAUGUCAACAAAAUGUCAUGGCGAUUAGUUUCAAGUUCUGAUAAAGCGAGUCCCGGGACCAAAGACUAUCGUCCUAAAGCAAGGGGCUAUCACACAGCCAACAUGGUCGGUAGCAAACUCAUCAUUUUCGGCGGUUCCGACGGCGGUGAAUGCUUCGACGACGUGUGGGUAUACGACGUUGACGCGCAAGUAUGGAAAGCAGUGGCCAUCCCUGUUGCAUAUCGUCGUUUGUCGCAUACGGCCACAAUAGUCGGCUCAUAUCUCUUCGUUAUCGGCGGACACGAUGGAAGCGAAUACUCCAACGACGUCCUGCUCCUGAAUUUGGUUACAAUGACAUGGGACAGACGCAGGGUUUAUGGAAAGGCGCCUUCGGGCCGUGGCUAUCAUGGAACGGUGCUGUACGAUAGUCGUCUUAUCAUUAUUGGAGGUUUCGAUGGAAGCGAGGUGUUUGGCGACGUUAUGCUACUAGAGCUGGCCGUUCAUGCGUAUUACUCGCAGAUCAGCCACUUCACCAUCGAGGUGUAA